GGUCGGGAGUCCCGGUCCUUGAGUAAACGUCCCGGAGGUGCGAAGUGACCCGUCCUUGACCCAGAGGGCCCGGGGGAGGCGCACGCAGGAGCUACAGGAGGUGGUGGACUGGUGGUAGUAGUCAGUCUAUUGCGGAGCGCGGCGCGGUACACUCGUAGUGCGCACAGUGGAACAUGCCACCCGAUACAUCAUGAGCUGUACUUGGAUACUAGCAGCCACCGCCGCCGUACUGGGAGCGCUGCUGUGCGAGGGCGCCAUCGUCCCUCCUCCCUGGGCAGAUCCCGGUAACAACCCCUGCGCCUCCAGACCCGGCGGCUGGCAGCUGCUCUACUGGCCCGGGGACGGCAAGUGCUACAAGAUCUUCACCAAGGGUCCGCCCUGCCCGGUGUCCAUGGAGCUGACCCCUGGACCUGACCGUCGUGCUGUGUGUCGUUGUCCCCCAGGCACUGCGCUACACAAGGGCGACAAUCUCUGUCACCCCCUGUACUCCACCAGCCCCUGCCCCCCUCAACACUACUUCGCCCCCGUCCCUCAGUCCAGUCCCAGUGAGAGAUGGGGAGUGUGUGAAGCUGUGGCUCCUUGUCCUCAUCCGGGUGAGCUAUUCUACCCGCGGGACACCCGUUGCUACCAGAGCUACACCCAGGGCCCUUGCCCCCGUGGCCAGCUGUUGGCCCCCGGCUCCCCCAACAGCACCCUUGGCCAGUGCCGCUGUGACCAGGACGGCAGACUUGGCAGGUAUUACUGGCCUGCAACGGGAACGUGUCAUCAACAUUGGACCCCUGGACCAUGUCAAGAGAAGGGUACAUUGUUUCUACCAGAGGGCAAGUGUGGCUGUCAUGCAGGACUACCCCACUACCAUUCUGCCACCAGACAGUGCUACCAGAUAGGAACGGUCGGCCCUUGUCCUCCAGGACACCACUUUGUCAUGUCGGAGGAUGAGAGUGAUGUGUUUACAGACUUUGUCCAUGCCAAGUGUCAGUGCAAGCGUGGACAUGUCCGGUGGGACAAGGACGGAGUCUGCUACAGACCCUACACCCGAGGCCCUUGUUCUCAGGGCAACAUGUUCAGUGUUGAAACACAACAGGGAGAUGGGGCCAACGUGACCGCAGCCUGUGUCCCUGUACCUUGUCCUCCGGGGAGACUGUGGUUCCCCGGACAGUCCGGGUGUCACCGGGUGGGUUCCCAGGGUCCCUGCCCACCUGGACAAGUGGUACUGUUCCAGGACUCUGUCCGCACCUCAGUAGAGGGUGUCUCCUACCAAGGCAUGUGUGGCUGUGCCAUCCGAUCUCAUGAUGACAGAUCUUUCUACCCGACCCUUCGCUCAGAUGAGAGAGGUCCUCAGUACGGACGAUGUGGAGCACAGAGCAGACGAGAAGAUAACAGAGUUGACCCCGACACAGGGAACUUCAGACAAGAGGAACACCACAACAGAUGUGAAGGCAAGAGGGGGUUUGUGUUGUGGGUGGACGGUUCGUGUCAACAGCUGUAUGCUCGAGGUCCGUGCCCCGCUGGACAGUGGCUAGUCCCCUCCAAAGGACAGCGUCAGGGUCGUGGAGAGGGGAGUGGGGGAAGAUGUGAAUGUCUCCCCUCCUUCACCCCCUCCGUCGACCCUGCGAGUAGAGAACUUAUCUGUCAUCCACCCUCUGUAACUAUCGCUAGAUACCUCAACAAACUAGCUGCUGAUGCGGCGUGAUCAACCAAAAAUUGUCUUGUUUCAGGAAAAUUAAAACUGGUUCAGAAAUUUUAAUGUUCUACUAGGUAAUAAGAUUAGAUUCAAGCCAAAUCUUAUAAAAGCAUGCACAUGCACAAUGCUUCAUAGCAUACACUAAAAUUAUAAGCUAGCAGAUUCCAAAUGUAAAAUAAUUUAUAUUGAAACUUUUGGUGAUUUUAAAUUGCUGGAUUGAAAAUCUGUUACCUAUCUUUUGGCUUUUUAUCAAGAAUUUAUGAUAGUUAAAUGAAUGUUCAUUAAUUAUUUAAUAGCAGUUAUUAUUUUAAAUUAGGUUUAAACCCUUUUAAAUUUUACUCUAGUGUAACAAUAUGACUGUACCUGUUACCACUUAAUCAUAAGUAGGCCUAUUUAAUUCUAAACCCUUUAUUGUAUGAACAUAACGUGAUAAUUCAUAGGAUAUUUGUAUAUAUAUUUAAAUAUUAUUUAAUUUUUCUAUCCAAAAACUGUCUUGUAAUGAUAUAGCUCAUAAUAUUUUAAUUGUCAAUGUUUUUUAUAUUUAGUGUAUAAAGGCCCUUUUAACUAGACCAUUUUAGUUAGCUAUUAUUUAUAAAUUUAUGUACAUAGCUGUAAUUAAGCAUAAAAAUAAACUGAUAAAUGUUGA